GUCCCCGCCCCAGGUAUAAGAGGGACCCGCCCAGCCCCACCUGCACCCUUUGAAUUUCACAGCCCCAGAAACGGCAGCAGCUGCUCUGCCACCAGAACACAACAGGCUCCCAUGGCCUAUCAGGCGGAGAUAAUGCAGCCCGGCCGGGUGCAGACCAGCUACUCCAACACCAAUGCCUGGAGCUCGGGCAUGUGCGACUGCUUCGCGGACAUGGGCGUGUGUCUCUGCGGUACCUUUGUGCCCUGCAUCCUGGCCUGCCAGGUGUCCCAGGACUUCGGCGAGUCCUGUUUUCUGCCCUGUCUACCCGGCACCCUGCUGGCCCUGCGCACGGGGGUGCGGGAACGGUACCACAUCGAGGGCAGUAUCUGCGACGAUUGGCUGGUCAUGGCCUGCUGUGGGCCCUGCGGCCUUUGCCAGCUGUCCCGGGAGCUGUCACACCGGAAAUGAGGGGGCCUCUGAACCAUCUCUGCAGCAGGAAGAAAAUCUGCCCCCCCGCCCGGGGAGGAGAACAGGGACACGUGGGGGGGGGGGAGGAGCCCCUGCCCCAGUCCCCAAACCCCCUAAAUAAAUAACCCCACAAACUCUU